UCUUAAUCCCCAACUCACCCACCCGUUAGACCCGGAAAAUUCGCAAUUCCUAAUUUCCCACACCCAAGAAUACAGCCAUCCUCCUUUGAUCGGCUUCAGCAGCGUUCUCAACCAGACAAACCCUAGAUGGAUAUCCUCAAGCAAGAACUCCUCAAGAAACGUCAAUCCCUGGCUCAAGACACCGGUGGAAAACGCGUCUUCAAGCGUUCUGAAAUCCAACAGAAAGAAAUACAAAAGCUCCGUGAAGAAGAAAAACGGGAAUUAGAAGCCAAAGCCCAACGCCAAACCGCUGCUGCCUCUACAACCACAACUUCCACUAAAUCCACCACCACCGCCACUUCUACUGUCACGGCCACCACCUCCACCUCCAUCGCUACCACCAAAUCCCUAACAAAUGAACAAAACAUCGAUAAUCUCGUCCUCCCUAAACAAGAGGUCAUCCGUCGGCUUCGAUUCCUAAAACAGCCCAUCACUCUCUUUGGUGAAGACGACGAUGCUCGGCUUGACCGAUUGAAGUACGUCUUGAAGGCCGGAAUUUUUGAGGUCGAUAACGACAUGACUGAGGGGCAGACCAACGAUUUUUUGCGUGACAUUGCUGAGCUGAGAAAGCGCCAGAAGACGGGAAUUCUUAGCGAGCGGAAGAGGAAGGAUAGGGAGGAAGGAGGGGGGGAGGAUGGAGAGGUAGGAGAAGGGGAGGGGGAGCUGAGCGCCGAUGGUGGCUCCAGUGGUGUCGAUGUUGAUAAGGAUUUGAAGCGGAUGAAGGCCAAUUUUGAAGAGUUGUGCGAUGAGGAUAAGAUUCUUGUGUUCUUUAAAAGGUUGUUGAAUGAGUGGAAACAGGAGUUGGAUGAGAUGCCUGAGGCGGAGAAGCGGACUGCUAAAGGGAAGUCAAUGGUUGCUACCUUUAAACAGUGCGCUAGAUAUCUGAAUCCACUGUUCAAAUUUUGUAGGAAGAAGGUUCUUCCUGAUGAUAUUCGUCAAGCGCUGCUAGUGGUUGUUGAAUGCUGCAUGAAGCGAGACUACCUAGCUGCCAUGGAUCAUUAUAUUAAGCUGGCAAUUGGUAAUGCACCAUGGCCAAUUGGAGUCACUAUGGUCGGUAUUCAUGAACGUUCUGCUCGUGAGAAGAUUUACACCAAUAGUGUGGCCCACAUUAUGAAUGAUGAGACUACCCGCAAAUACUUACAGUCAGUCAAGAGAUUGAUGACCUUUUGCCAACGACGCUAUCCAACUGCGCCAUCUAAAGCAGUAGAAUUCAACAGCUUGGCAAAUGGCAGUGACUUGCAGUCUUUACUGGCAGAAGAAAGGUUUUCUGGUGGUAACCAGCCAUUAGAAGGAAGGCUUCGUCUGAUGCCUACUCCAGAGGAGAAUUAGAUAUCAAAUGUAAAAUAAUUUUCCUGUAUAAUUCUUAAUGCUACUUAUUUGUUUAAUGCUCUAGCGUGCAGUGAUAGAUUCACACUGAUGGACCCUUGUGUCGUUGUUGGUUUAUUUACUUGAUGCUUCUAGCAAUCUGAAGCAUGGACUGAUGAGCAAUUUCUACAUAUUAGCACCGACUCUUCUAUUCCAA